AUGCUGCAUCAGCGCACCACUAGCAAUUCUCUCGCCACCACUUUUCAUUUUGCCGUCCGUCCGACUGCGGAUGCACAUCAGAUUGUGCUGCUCCCGGAGCCCCAAUGGACGACACAAGACAAGGACACCAAGUACAAUCCGCUGGCUUUCUUAGAGAACCAGGGCUUUAAGCCUCAGCAGGAUUUCAAGGCCUGGCGUGAUGAAAACGGCUACAAAUCGCUUCGUGACUUCAUGGACAGAGCCAACCUAUUCCGGCGGGUGACGCCAUGCGAUCGACUGGUUACACGCACGACGGACCGUGCGAGGUGUGGCUCGACGACAAGAUGGUGCUGGAUGGCGACAACUGUCACGAGAAGUUCCCAGGCAAGGACUACACUGUGGACUACUCGUCAUGCAAGGGCACGUGCACGCUGCGCUGGUACUGGCUGGGCAUCCGCUUCCUGA